GGCAAUUGGUGGAGCACUGUGUCCCUGGGACACAGUGGAUCACCAAUCAAUGGAAAGACGUCGGCUCUGUCAUGUAAUCAGCUGUGUCCAAUCACAGCUGAUCGCAUGGGACGUGUACACUGAUCAUCAGGGCACUGAUGAUCAGUGUGCCCUGAUGAUCAGUGUAGCCCUAUCAGUGCCACCUGUCAGUGUCCAUCAGUGCCACCUGUCAGUGCCCAUCAAUGCCACCUGUCAGUGCCUACUAGUGCACAUCAAUGCCACAUAUCAGUGCUCACCUGAGCUGCCUUUCAGUGCCACCUAUCAGUGCCAGUCAGUGCCGCCUAUCAGUGCCAGUCAGUACUGCCUAUCAGUGCGCAUCAGUGCUGCCUGUGAGUGCUGCCUAACAGUG